UGUCCGCCCGGCGCGCCCGGCCCCGCGUCCCAGAGCGCCCGCGCCCCUGCCCCGCCGCCGCCACAGGACGAGAAAGCUCUCUGCCCAGCUAUGACUGCAUAUCCAUGCCUUAACCCACCUCACGGGCAGCAGUUGUGACAUCAGCAAAACCUGCCUUUGGAAAUCGGCUGCCUCAAGGGUUGAUGGCUGGCAUGUCGCGGAGACCACCCAGCAUGUACUGGUGUGUGGGGCCAGAGGGGUCAGCUGUGUGUCCAGAUUGCGCCAUGGAGACCCAUAACGGUGCUGGGGACAUGGGCAGCAAACUAUCCACACCAAGCAGUGACUGCACAGCACGCUCCCCCAGGACGGAAGGCAUUCACGCUGCAUACAAGCAGGGAGACCCCAGCAGGGCCCAGGACCUGCUCAAAGAGGCUUGUGACAAGAGCACAUCCCAGCAGGAAAAGGGCCAGCUUCUGAGCAUCUCAGCGGCCUACGGGGAUCUAGAGACGGUCCGCUAUCUACUCACCGAGAGGUGGGUGGUGCUGCCAACGGAGCCCACCGAUGACAACCCAGCUGUGGUGGCGGCGUAUUUUGGGCACACCGAAGUUGUGCAGGAAUUGCUUGAGUCCUUACCAGGUCCCUGUAGCCCCCAGAAGCUGUUGAACUGGAUGCUGGCCUUGGCUUGCCAGAGAGGACACCUGGAGGUGGUGAAGCUGCUGGUCCUGACACACGGGGCUGACCCGGAGAGCUACGCAGUCAGGAAGAAUGAGUUCCCUGUCAUCGUGCGCUUGCCCCUCUAUGCAGCCAUCAAGUCAGGGAAUGAAGACAUUGCCAUAUUCCUGCUUCGGCACGGGGCCUUUUUCUGUUCCUACAUCCUGCUAGACAGUCCUGACCCUAGCAAACAUCUCCUCAGGAAAUACUUCAUUGAAGCCAGUGCUGUGCCCAGCAGUUGUACAGGGAAAAAGGCGCUUCAUGUGAAAUGGUCCCAUCUCCGGUUGCCCUGGGUGGAUCUAGACUGGCUCAUAGACAUCUCCUGCCAGAUCACGGAACUCGAUCUUUCUGCUAACUGCCUGGCGUCCCUCCCCUCAGUCAUCCCCUGGGGGCUCAUCAACCUCCAGAAGCUGAACCUCUCGGACAACCAGCUGGGGGAGCUGCCUGGAGUGCAGUCAUCGGACGAAAUUAUCUGUUCCAGGCUGCUUGAAAUUGACAUUUCCAGCAACAAGUUGUCCCACCUCCCUCCUGGAUUCUUGCACCUUUCCAAACUUCAAAAACUGACAGCUUCAAAAAAUUGUUUAGAAAAAUUGUUUGAAGAAGAAAGUGCCACUAACUGGAUUGGUUUGCGGAAGCUGCAGGAACUUGAUAUAUCUGACAAUAAGUUGACAGAACUCCCUGCUUGUUUCCUUCAUUCUUUCAAGUCACUCAGUUGUCUGAAUGUCUCCAGAAACAACCUGAAGGUGUUUCCAGAUCCCUGGGCCUGCCCUUUGAAAUGUUGUAAAGCAUCCAAAAAUGCCCUGGAAUCUCUGCCAGACAAAAUGGCUGUCUUUUGGAAAAAUCACCUCAAGGAUGUGGAUUUUUCAGAAAACACACUCAGAGAAGUUCCCCUGGGACUUUUUCAGCUUGAUGCCCUCUUGUUCUUGAGGUUACAGGGAAACCAGCUGGUGACACUUCCACCUCAGGAGAAGUGGACCUGCAGACAGCUCAAAACCCUGGAUCUCUCCAGAAACCAACUGGGCAAAAAUGAAGAUGGACUUAAAACAAAGCGUAUUUCCUUUUUCACCACCAGAGGCCGCCAGCGUGCAGGGACAGAGGCAGCGUGUGUGCUAGAAUUUCCAACCUUCCUAAGUGAGUCUUUGGAAGUCCUUUGUCUGAACGACAACCACCUUGACGCAGUCCCUCCCUCGGUGUGCCUACUGAAGAACUUAUCAGAGCUCUACUUGGGGAACAACCCUGGCCUCCGAGAGCUGCCACUUGAGCUGGGGCAGCUGGGCAACCUCUGGCAGCUGGACACUGAAGACCUGAACAUCAGCAACGUGCCUGCAGAGAUCAGAAAGGAAGGCCCCAAAGCAAUGUUGUCCUACCUACGCGCUCAGCUGCGGAAAGCCGAGAAGUGCAAGCUGAUGAAGAUGAUCAUCGUGGGUCCCCCGCGCCAGGGCAAGUCUACACUCCUGGAGAUCUUACAGAUGGGGAGGGCUCCCCAGGUCGUGCACUGCGAAGCCACCAUCCGGACCACCAAGUGGGAGCUCCAGAGGCCAGCUGGCUCAAGAGCCAAGGUCGAGUCCGUGGAGUUCAAUGUCUGGGACAUCGGGGGCCCAGCCAGCAUGGCCACAGUCAACCAGUGCUUCUUCACAGACAAGGCCCUAUACAUGGUGGUCUGGAACCUGGCACUGGGGGAGGAAGCUGUGGCCAACCUCCAGUUCUGGCUGCUCAACAUCGAGGCCAAGGCCCCAAAUGCUGUGGUGCUGGUGGUGGGAACGCACCUGGACUUAAUCGAAGCCAAGUUCCGAGUGGAGAGGAUCGCGACGCUGCGCGCCUAUGUGCUGGCACUCUGCCGUUCGCCCUCAGGGUCCCGAGCCACAGGCUUCCCCGACAUCACUUUCAAACAUUUGCAUGAGAUUUCUUGUAAGAGCCUGGAAGGCCUGGAAGGGCUGCGGCAACUGAUUUUCCACGUCACGUGCAACAUGAAGGACGUGGGCAGCACCAUCGGCUGCCAGCGACUUGCGGGGAGGCUGAUCCCCAGGAGCUACCUGAGCCUGCAGGAGGCUGUGCUGGCAGAGCAGCAGCGCCGCAGCCUGGGUGAUGACGUGCAGUACCUGACCGACAGGCAGCUGGAGCAGCUGGUGGAGCAGACCCCCAGCAAUGACAUCAAAGACUAUGAGGACCUGCAGUCCGCCAUCAGCUUCCUCAUAGAAACUGGCACCCUGCUGCACUUCCCGGACACCAGCCACGGCCUGAGGAACCUCUACUUCCUCGACCCCAUUUGGUUGUCAGAGUGUCUGCAGAGGAUCUUUAGUAUUAAGGGCUCCCGGUCGGUGGCCAAGAAUGGAGUGAUCCGGGCGGAGGACCUCAGGAUGCUGCUGGCGGGGAGAGGCUUCACGCAGCAGACAGAAGAGCAGUACUUCCAGUUCCUGGCCAAGUUCGAGAUCGCCCUGCCCGUCGCUAAUGACAGCUACCUCCUGCCACAUCUCCUGCCGUCCAAACCUGGCCUGGACACCCACAGCAAGCGGCACCCCAUGGCCAACACCAUUCAGAGAGUGUUUAAGAUGAGCUUUGUGCCCGUUGGCUUCUGGCAAAGGUUUAUAGCGCGGAUGCUGAUCAGCUUGGCGGAGAUGGACCUUCAGCUUUUUGAAAACAAGAAGAAUACUAAAAGCAGGAACAGGAAAGUCGCCAUUUACAGUUUUACAGGAAACCAGAGAAAUCGCUGUAGCACAUUCAGAGUGAAAAGAAACCAGACCAUCUAUUGGCAGGAAGGGCUCCUGGUCACUUUUGACGGGGGCUACCUCAGUGUGGAAUCCUCUGACGUGAAUUGGAAAAAGAAAAAAAGCGGAGGAAUUAAAAUCAUUUGCCAAUCAGAAAUGAGGGACUUCUCAGCCAUGGCUUUUAUCACAGAUCACGUCAAUUCCUUGAUCGAUCAGUGGUUUCCUGCCCUGACAGCCACAGAAAGCGACGGGACCCCACUCAUGGAGCAGUAUGUGCCCUGUCCAGUCUGCGAGACCUCCUGGGCCCAGCAUGGGGACCCACAUGUGAAAUCGGAGGGCGUGCAGUACUUCGACAUGGAAGACUGUGUGCUGACGGCCAUUGAGCGGGACUUCAUCUGCUGCCCCCAACACCCGGACCUCCCCGUGCCUCUCCAGGAGCUGGUCCCUGAGCUGUUCAUGACUGACUUCCCAGCCAGGCUUUUCCUGGAGAAUAGCAGGCUGGAGCACAAUGAGGACGAGAGCAGCAUCCUGGGCCAAGGUGGGAGUGGCACCGUCAUCUACCGGGCCCGCUACCAGGGCCAGCCCGUGGCUGUGAAGCGGUUCCACAUCAAGAAGUUCAAAAACUUUGCGAAUGCCCCAGCAGACACCAUGCUGAGGCACCUGCGGGCCACGGAUGCCAUGAAGAACUUCUCAGAGUUCCGGCAGGAGGCCAGCAUGCUGCACGCCCUGCAGCACCCCUGCAUUGUGUCGCUCAUCGGCAUCAGCAUCCACCCUCUCUGCUUCGCUCUGGAGCUUGCCCCGCUGAGCAGCCUCAACACUGUGCUGUCUGACAAUGCCAAAGAUUCUUCCUUUAUGCCCCUGGGACACAUGCUCACCCAAAAAAUAGCUUACCAGAUUGCCUCGGGCCUGGCCUACCUGCACAAGAAGAACAUCAUCUUCUGCGACCUGAAGUCAGACAACAUCCUGGUGUGGUCCCUCGAUGCCAAGGAGCAUGUCAACAUCAAGCUGUCUGAUUACGGGAUCUCGCGGCAGUCAUUUCACGAGGGCGCCCUUGGCGUGGAGGGUACUCCUGGCUAUCAGGCCCCGGAGAUCAGGCCACGCAUCGUGUACGAUGAGAAGGUAGAUAUGUUCUCCUAUGGAAUGGUGCUGUAUGAGUUGUUGUCGGGACAACGUCCUGCUCUGGGCCACCACCAGCUUCAGAUUGCCAAGAAACUGUCCAAGGGCAUCCGCCCAGUGCUGGGGCAGCCAGAGGAGGUGCAGUUUCAUCGGCUCCAGGCACUCAUGAUGGAGUGUUGGGACACAAAGCCUGAGAAGCGACCGCUGGCCCUGUCGGUGGUGAGUCAGAUGAAGGACCCGACCUUCGCCACCUUCAUGUACAUGCUGCCCUGCGGGAAGCAGACGGCCUUCUUCUCGUCCCAGGGACAGGAGUACACUGUGGUGUUUUGGGACGGGAAGGAGGAGUCCAGGAACUACACAGUGGUGAACACAGAGAAGGGCCUUCUGGAAGUGCAGAGGAUGAGCUGUGCGGGGAUGAAGCUGAGUUGCCAACUCAAGGUCCAGAGCUCCCUGUGGACUGCUACCGAGGACCAGAAAAUCUACAUCUACAGCCUCAAGGGCAUGUGCCCCCUAAACACACCCCAGCAGGCCCUGGACACUCCAGCUGUCGUCACCUGCUUCUUGGCAGUGCCUGUUAUUAAAAAGAAUUGCUACCUGGUGCUGGCGGGCCUAGCCGACGGGCUUGUGGCUGUGUUUCCUGUGGUGCGGGGCUCCCCAAAUGACAGCUGCUCCUACCUGUGCUCACACACGGCCAACAGGUCCAAGUUCGGCAUCCCAGACGAAGAUGCACGGCAGAACCCCUACCCGGUGAAGGCCAUGGAGGUGGUCAACAGCGGCUCUGAGGUCUGGUACAGCAAUGGGCCAGGCCUUCUGGUCAUCGAUUGUGCUACCCUGGAGAUCUGCAGGCGGCUGGAGCCCUACUCGGCCCCCUCAGUGAUCAUGUCUGUCGUGUGCAGCUCUGAUUGCAGGGGGGAGGAGGUGGUCUGGUGCCUGGAUGACAGGACCAACUCCUUAUUGAUGUACCAUUCAGCCACCUAUCAGCUGUGUGCCUGGUACUUCUGUGGGGACCCCAGCCCCCUCAGGGACAUGUUUCCCGUGCGGCCCUCAGGCCUGGAACCCCCAGCCAGCCACGUAGCCAACCCAAAGGAGCCUGAUGGAGACUGCAUUGCAGAUGUGAGCAUCAUAUACAGUGAGGAGCUGGGCACGCAGAUCUUGACCCACCAGGACUCACUGACCGACUACUGCUCCAUGUCCUCCUACUCCUCGUCCCCAUCCCACCGAGCUGGCAGGGUCCCCUCCAGUUCACCCAGCUCCCCAGCAAGUUCUUCCUGCAUGCCUUUCUCCAACUGUGAGGACUCGGACAGGCUGCAUGAGCCCAGCACUGCCUCCGACAGGUCUGAGCACGAUCUGACCCUUGUGGACGGGGACACGUUCAGCCAGCACCUGCAGGCUGUGAAGGUUCUUGCCGUGAGAGACCUCAUUUGGGUCCCCAGGCGCGGUGGAGAUGUUAUCAUCAUUGGCCUGGAGAAGGACUCAGGUGCCCAGCGGGGCCGAGUCAUCGCUGUCCUGAAAGCCCGGGAGCUGACUGCGCAUGGGGUGCUGGUGGAUGCUGCUGUGGUGGCAAAGGACACGGUUGUGUGUGGCUUUGAAAACGAAAACACCGAGUGGUGCCUGGCUGUCUGGAGGGGCUGGGGUGCCAGGGAGUUUGACAUUUUCUACCAGUCCUACGAGGAGCUGGGCCGGCUGGAGGCUUGCACACGGAAGAGGAGGUGAUUCCUGUGGAAUGACUGUCACAAGGGGCUGGCCAGCUUGACCCAUCCACGGACCCAGGAGAUGGACCGAGUUCUCCCCUGAACCCCUUGCUGCUACAAAGUACUGAGAAGUGACCAGCCUGCCGGUGGUUUGGGGGUUCUCUGGUUCUCAAGGGCAGAAUUACCUGAAUAUCCCAUUCCCCUUUUGCUGGCUUUACAGUUCCAGGGAAGACGGUGGCUCCUCCUGCCUCCUCCAGCUUCCAGAAACAGGGGAGGGGGACCCCAUUCUGGGCUAGGUCCCACAAAGGGGGGCUGGGCCUCCCUGGCAUAAAGGACCUACCCGUUUUCAUCCACAGGUCUAGGAUGGAAUUACACUAGAGGCUCUCAGUUGGGAAGCAGUUUGGGGCAGGGCAGGGGGAGGGUCAUGACCCCUUUCCCUUCCCCCCAGGACCCCAGGCUCUUAGCACAUUUCACAAGCUCCUGAAUCCCCAAGGCCCAGGGCCAGCCCAGGCAAGCAAAGAUCAGAUGUCUCCCUGCUCAGGAAAGUCUCUGUGUGAGAAACCCCCAGAACGACCCUGAGUGAAGAGGAGCGUUGCCCAACCCAGGAAUGAAUGGGUUCCUUUAAGUGGCACAGCCAGAAAGCCCAGAGGCACAGAGUGCGAGAGUCCCUGCUCAGCCUUAACGUCCUUCUGCUGCCGACAAAGGGAAGGAGAAACUCAAUCAGCAGGACUCGAGAGAGGGCUUGUGUUUAUAGCUCUGUAAAAUAAACUUGGACGCAGCUGGAGCACAAGCCCUGUUUGUUUGCACAUAAUAAUCUUGUUUAUCGCUUUAACAAAUUAAGUAAUAUCUCAGCAGUUAGGCCUCGUUGUGAAAUCACAUCAUAUGGGGCUUAUACCAAAUUAUGUAUUUGCUAAACAUUCACUGCACACAUAUACAACAGAGUACAAAAUGUGAAGUUGUUAGCAGGAUUUAUGUACAACAGCAAGCACUUUUAUAAGACAUGUACACACACACGUACACACAUUAACACACGUGUGCGCACAUAUCCACAUCUCUGCAGAGUUACCAUUUGAGGCUGCUUAACCCAGAACAGGAGUUUGAAUGUAAGAUCAUACUCAGCUCACGUUGUUGACCCUUUUCUAAAAUUAAAUUAUAAAAAUUGAACUUCAGAUUUACUGGAGUGUGCAGGCAGAUGUUCCUUUUAUCUGAAAAUAAAC